AUGCCCGGCCGCGGCUGACGGAGUCAACCGCCCGGCCUCGUCCGGUGCCGGCUGCCGCCUCCCUCGCCGCAGCGCCGCCACCGGGCUCACGCUUCUCUCCUGCCAGCUGCUCAGGACUCGGCGGUCCCGUCCGGCCGCUGAGGGCGCGACGCCGACGGCGGCUGCGACAGCCCCGGAGGCGCGAGAGGCGCCGGGGUCGCGGCGGCGAUUGGCCGGCCGCGGCGCCUGCUCCCAGAAUGCAGCGCAUGGCGCGUCAUUGAAGAGAGACCAUGAUGGCGGCGGCGCUGGGGCCCCCAGAAGUGAUCGCUCAGCUGGAGAACGCGGCCAAAGUUCUGAUGGCACCACCUUCCAUGGUCAGUAAUGAACAGCGCCAGCAUGCAGAGCACAUAUUCCUAUCAUUUAGGAAAUCCAAAUCACCAUUUGCAGUUUGCAGGCAUAUUUUGGAAACCAGUAAAGUGGACUAUGUCCUUUUUCAAGCUGCCACAGCCAUAAUGGAGGCGGUUGUCCGAGAGUGGGUUCUCCUGGAGAAAGGCAGCAUCGAGUCUCUGAGAGCAUUCCUCCUAACCUAUGUCUUGCAAAGGCCUAACCUCCAAAAGUAUGUUCGGGAACAGAUUCUAUUAGCAGUAGCAGUCAUUGUAAAACGAGGAUCAUUAGAUAAGUCAAUUGACUGCAAAAGCAUUUUUCAUGAAGUCAGCCAAUUGAUAAGUAGUGGCAAUCCCACUGUGCAAACUCUGGCCUGUUCUAUUCUGACCGCACUGUUGAGUGAGUUCUCAAGUUCAAGUAAAACUAGCAACAUUGGACUGAGUAUGGAAUUCCACGGGAACUGCAAACGAGUUUUUCAGGAAGAAGACCUUCGGCAAAUCUUCAUGUUAACAGUUGGAGUUCUGCAGGAGUUCAGCAGGAGGGAGAGCCUCAGUGCUCAGAUGUCCUCGGUGUUUCAGCGGUACCUCGCACUAGCCAACCAAGUCCUGAGCUGGAAUUUUCUCCCUCCAAAUUUGGGCAGACAUUAUAUAGCUAUGUUCGAAUCCUCACAAAAUGUGCUGUUGAAGCCAACCGAGUCCUGGCGGGAGACUCUUCUGGACAGCAGAGUUAUGGAACUUUUCUUCACAGUACAUCGAAAAAUCAGAGAAGAUUCAGAUAUGGCACAGGAUUCUCUGCAGUGCCUUGCCCAGUUAGCGUCUCUGCAUGGACCCAUCUUCCCCGAUGAAGGAUCCCAGGUUGAUUAUCUAGCACACUUCAUUGAGGGAUUGCUGAACACUAUCAAUGGAAUUGAAAUAGAAGAUUCUGAAGCUGUGGGAAUCUCCAGCAUAAUCAGCAAUCUGAUAACUGUGUUCCCUCGGAAUGUUUUAACUGCCAUCCCCAGCGAACUUUUCUCCUCCUUCGUUAACUGCCUCACACAUCUCACUUGUUCCUUUGGGAGAAGUGCUGCAUUGGAAGAAGUGCUUGAUAAGGAUGACAUGGUAUACAUGGAAGCAUAUGAUAAGUUGCUGGAGUCCUGGCUAACUUUGGUCCAAGACGACAAGCAUUUCCAUAAAGGCUUUUUUACUCAGCAUGCAGUUCAAGUUUUCAAUUCCUAUAUUCAGUGCCACCUUGCUGCUCCAGAUGGCACGAGGAAUUUGACUGCCAACGGUGUGGCCUCUCGCGAGGAAGAAGAAAUAAGUGAACUUCAAGAAGAUGAUCGAGAUCAGUUUUCUGAUCAACUAGCCAGUGUAGGAAUGCUAGGAAGAAUUGCUGCCGAACACUGUAUGCCUCUUCUGACAAGUUUAUUGGAAGAAAGGGUAACAAGACUCCAUGGUCAGUUACAGCGACAUCAGCAACAAUUACUUGCUUCUCCUGGAUCAAGCACCGUUGACAACAAAAUGCUUGAUGAUCUCUAUGAAGAUAUUCACUGGCUUAUUUUAGUUACAGGCUACCUCUUAGCUGAUGAUACUCAGGGAGAGACUCCGCUAAUACCUCCAGAAAUAAUGGAAUAUUCCAUUAAGCAUUCAUCUGAAGUUGACAUUAAUACAACACUUCAAAUUUUGGGAUCUCCAGGAGAAAAGGCUUCUUCCAUCCCAGGGUACAGCAGAACAGAUUCUGUGAUUAGGCUGUUGUCUGCUGUGCUGAGAGUCUCAGAAGUUGAAUCUCGGGCAAUAAGAGCAGACCUCACUCAUCUACUAAGCCCUCAGAUGGGCAAAGACAUUGUUUGGUUUCUAAAGCGCUGGGCCAAGACCUAUCUCCUGGUAGAUGAAAAGCUAUAUGAUCAGAUAAGUUUGCCAUUGAGCACAGCCUUUGGAGCGGAUACAGAGGGCUCCCAGUGGAUUAUUGGCUACCUCUUACAAAAAGUCAUCAGCAAUCUGUCAGUCUGGAGUAGUGAGCAAGACCUUGCAAAUGACACUGUACAGCUCCUUGUCACCUUGGUCGAAAGAAGAGAAAGGGCAAACUUAGUAAUUCAGUGUGAAAACUGGUGGAGCCUAGCGAAGCAGUUUGCAAGCCGAAGCCCACCUCUUAAUUUCCUGUCAAGCCCAGUGCAGAGAACACUGAUGAAGGCUCUGGUUUUAGGAGGUUUUGCACACAUGGACACAGAAACCAAGCAGCAGUAUUGGACGGAGGUUCUUCAGCCUCUCCAGCAGCGGUUCCUGAGAGUGAUCAACCAAGAGAACUUUCAGCAGAUGUGUCAGCAGGAGGAAGUCAAGCAGGAGAUCACUGCCACACUGGAGGCCCUGUGUGGCAUUGCUGAGGCCACACAGAUCGACAAUGUAGCCAUUCUUUUUAAUUUUUUAAUGGACUUCCUUAACAAUUGCAUUGGGUUGAUGGAAGUUUACAAAAAUACUCCAGAAACUGUCAAUCUCAUUAUAGAAGUUUUUGUUGAAGUUGCACAUAAACAAAUAUGCUAUCUUGGAGAGUCCAAAGCUAUGCAUUUAUAUGAAGCCUGCCUUACUUUGUUACAAGUGUACUCUAAGAAUAAUCUAGGGCGGCAAAGGAUAGACGUGACAGCGGAAGAAGAGCAGUACCAGGAUCUGCUUCUCAUUAUGGAGCUUCUCACCAACCUUCUCUCCAAGGAGUUCAUAGACUUCAGCGACACAGAUGAAGUAUUUAGAGGACAUGAGCCAGGACAAGCAGCAGGCAGAUCUGUAUCAGCAGCUGAUGUCGUUUUAUAUGGAGUAAACCUAAUUCUGCCCUUAAUGUCACAAGAUCUUUUGAAGUUUCCAACCCUUUGUAAUCAAUACUACAAGUUGAUCACAUUUAUUUGUGAGAUUUUUCCUGAAAAAAUACCCCAGCUUCCUGAGGAUCUGUUUAAGAGUCUGAUGUAUUCCCUAGAACUAGGAAUGACAUCAAUGAGUUCAGAAGUGUGCCAGCUCUGCCUCGAGGCCUUGACACCAUUAGCCGAACAAUGUGCUAAAGCACAAGAAACAGAUUCACCUCUUUUUCUAGCAACUCGGCACUUCCUUAAGCUGGUUUUUGAUAUGCUGGUGUUGCAGAAGCACAGCACGGAGAUGACGACUGCAGCCGGAGAGGCGUUCUACACGCUGGUUUGUCUGCACCAGGCUGAGUAUUCUGAACUGGUUGAGACAUUAUUGUCAAGUCAGCAAGACCCAAUCAUUUACCAGAGAUUAGCAGAUGCCUUCAACAAGCUCACUGCAAGCAGCACUCCUCCUACCCUGGACCGGAAGCAGAAGAUGGCCUUCCUAAAGAGUUUAGAAGAAUUUAUGGCAAAUGUUGGUGGUCUCCUUUGUGUAAAAUAAACAACAGAGCUAUAUUCUUAACUUAGAUCCUUUCUGCAAAGUGCACUGAAUUGCUGAAAGUUGACUUGAGUCUUGGCCUGUUCCUCAGUUCAUUUGACCAUUGGGAUUUUGGAGAGUCUGAGACUUCAAUGUGGAAUUUGGUGAAACGGGAGAAGUCAACUUAAAAUCAGCUUCUGUUAUUAGGUGUUAGCCAUGAUCUGCCAUAUACUUGUCUUCUAGAUUCUGAAUGGUGAUUGAAAAUUUCAAAAUGCAAUUCCAUAUAUGUGCAAACAGAUAUGGGCACCAUGAAAUUCAUAUUCAGUGCCUUUUGCCCUUUUAUCAAAGCAUGGGUGUCUAGCCAAAGGUGGUAUGUUCUCGGCAUUAUUUUUCAAAUGUCCAUAGAUUCCUUUCAUCACUUGGGGAGCUGGUUAUAGAAUGGACUCGUGGACCCUACUGUGCAUCGGCAGAGUACUGGUUGUUGGGCCUUGGAGUCUCCAUUUUAAUAAGCUCCUCCCCUUCGUUAUCCUAAACGUUUUGAAUCAAUGCAAGAGAUGGUGGAAACUCGUAAGAGAUUUUGUGCUUUCCAACUCUUCCUCCCUUCAGUGAUUCUAAUUAUGCAGGAAGAACAGUCAUCAUUGGUUAGUUUCAUAGUUCAUCUUCUCCCUCUUCCUCACUUUCCUUCCCUUCCAUCCUCAGCGUUGCAAGUUUUGUGUAAUUACUGCAGGUUUCUAAUCAGACUGUGAUGCCUGAACUUGAGGAAAAUACGUGUAUAUUUUUGUUCCGUAAAGUUAACUUUAGGAACUGUAGCCAUUUCAUUGCCUUAAUUUUAAGAGGAAAAGACAAACCAGAUUUGUUUUAGAAAAAAAUUAGUCUUGACACUUAAGAGUUGGCUUAAGGUAUUAGCUGCUAAGACCCUCUUGCCCCUUUGAUUAUGUAUUUAUGUGAAUUUCCCAGUGAAAUGAAAGGAGCCUCCCUGUGUGGUUACCUCUCUGUGUCUCUGUCCAGCCACACAGCCCGUAUCUACUCUGAAUGCUUGCUUAAGCAAUAACUUUAAUGGAUGUGAAUUACCAGUUCACACAGACUAUUGCACAUUGGGGCAUUAGGGGCAAUAAUUAUGCUAAAGUGGGUGUUAUCCUCAUGUCAUAGGAGCCACACUAAUUCAGUUUCAGAGACUAAAAAUUUAACUUUAGCCAGGCCUGGUGGUGAAUGGCAGGCUAGUCUGGGUUACAAAGUAUGAUCUGUCCUUUAAAAAAAAGAAAAAGAAAAAUUUACUUUAGGUCCUCUGGCUUUCUAAUCAGGAUUUUUAUACUGCUACUGUGCUCCACUUAAUUUUGAGUGCCAGUUUUAAUUAUGAAAAUGAAAGCUCAUUUAUAAACAGUAGCUCUUAGAAACUGCCCACUGCAGGACAAGUCACACAGUGCAGUGGCAACAAGAGGCCUCUGGCCAGGUGCAUCUGAGACUGCCGUAGAGGGACAGGCUCCUCCGCUGUUCUUGAUGCCUCUCUGCUAAACCAUCCAGCGGGUACUGCCCUACCCGAACUGCACAGUGUGUGCAUCUUAACACCUGAUGCUCUGGAGACUUUGUGUAACUCUGUUAAUGGAGCACCCUGUCCCUGUGAUGGUAGGUGUGUGUGGAUGCAAAUCUGAGGGCCAUGACUUUUGGAGAAUCUUCUAAAUUAAUCACCAUUUAGUAACAGUAAGUAUGGAGAGAGAAAAAAAUCUCUAAAUACUACAAAGAAAAACAAUAUCAUUCU